AAAGGGCUUAAUCAAGUGGACUGUGACACCGCCCAAUGAGAAAGAUUUUUUUAUUUGUCAUUUCUAAAUAAUUCAUCCAUUAAAAUAUAUAAGUCAAUAUUUACCUACAUGUUCUCAAAACCUAGAACAUUAGUAUACACUAUACAUGUACAUGUAUGAGGUUUAAAAUGAAAUGUUAAAAUGAUACUUAUUGUGUAUGUGUGCUCAAGUGUUAUUCUGACAAACGUGAAAAGUGUAGCUGGACUAUGCAGCAAUUCUACAGAAGAAUUGAACUUUUGCAAUCCCGAUGCCGGGACCAUUGUUGGCAUGGUAAUUGGUGGAAUAGUGGCCAUUAUUUUGAUCACUAUUGUUAUCCUCCUUGCUGUUUCACAUAUACGGAUGCUGGAUAAUGAUGACUAUUUGAUUCAUGAUACAGCAGUAUCAACUAAUCCAUUAGGACGAUCAGGUCAACCACCGCGGUAUACCAGACGUACAGACAACAGGAAUACCCAACAAACAACUGAACAACCACCAUCUGUGUAACAAACUCAAUUGGAACGGGAUAUCAUUUGACGUUUUCAGGAAAAAUAUAAGACAAAUAUAUCAAAUCAAGAGAGAGAAAGAGUGGGAGAUAGAUAGAGAGAGCAGGGAAUUUUUUUAUAUUUUUACAAUGCUUGUGCAAUAUUCUUUUACAGCCUUUAAAUAAAAGACAAUGUAA